AUACUUUUAUAUUAUUAUUAUAAUGUUUAUUAAAUUAUCGGAACGUCAUUAAUUUGAUGCCACGAUGAUAGUUGUUGCGUACGACGAUGCCGUUCACUCCGGUGACUUGAAAUUAUUUAAACAUUCACACCAUCAACUAUACGUUCAUAUGACCAUACAAUGGCCUAUAGAAACCUGAACUUUUAUCUGUUUACGUACAUUUAUUGAUUUUAUUUUUUUAUUUAAUGUUCAGACCGCGCUUCACUGUGCAUUGAAACAGAAACUUUGAACGUUUAUUCCAACCAUUAGAGUAUAAUGUUCGCGAUACGUAGAUCAGACCUGAAUUGAUAAUGUAAAAUUGUUUUAUGACUAAUUUCUACUGCUAAAGUAUAACUGUUAUGCAUAUGUAAUCAUUAACAAAGAAAGUAAUGCAUGUUUACAAUGUAACGACUGUGUUUUCUUCUAAAAUUUAUUUAUUUCAUAAUAAAUUAGUCUAGAUAAAUAAUAUUUAAAAUGUCUGAAGAGGAAGAUGAAGGAUGGAUGAAAGCGUUAGAAAAAGCACUUUGUGAGAAAGAUGAGUCUCCACUUAGUGAAGAAUCUGGAAAUUUUACUGUAAUUGCCAAUGAAUGUAGGGGUCAGAUGUGGCGUCAGUUAUUGACUCGUGAUGAUGAUACUAUUCAAACUUUGUUAGAUGAGAGACCAAUUAUAAAGAACAUAGAACAGUUGGAGGUAGACUGUCAAAUGUUAAUUGCUUCUUUAGAAAUUGAAGAUGAAGAAGAAAAAUUAAACUGUUUGUCAGAUGCUGAAGCUAUAUUGGUGACAAUGUGCAAAAUAUAUAAUACAGACACAUAUGAUAUAAGUAAAAGAUGGUCAUCAAUAAUUCGUCCAAUUAUAUCAUUAAAACUACCUCGAAUUGAUUCAUAUACUAUGUUCCGUGCGAUUGAUGAAGAGUACUUAGCUAAACACCAAGACUGUUAUCAUUUAUUACGGAUAUUGUUAUUAUAUCAUGAUCCAGAGUUGUGUAAUUUAUUAGAUUCUCUAAAAUUAGGGCCAGAACUUUAUAGCGAAUCAUGGAUACAAACUUUAUUUUCAGAAACAUGUUCUUUAGAAGUAAUUUUAAAUAUUUGGGAUUUAUACUUAGCAAAAAAAGACAAAUUUUUUAUAUUUUUUUUGGCUUUAGUAUUUAUCAUCAAUGCAAGGGAUCAUAUAUUUUCAUUAAAACACCAACCUAAAACACAAUUGAUUGAAAUUCUUGCGAAUUUACCAUCACAAUUAGCCAUAGAUGAUAUAAACGAUUUCUGGUCUUUGGCAGAAUACUAUGAUAAACUAACACCAUCAUCUUUUAUAAAAGAUAUUGCAAGAUAUAUUUUUGACCCAAAGCAACCAGAUAAAGGAAUUUCACAAAUGUUAUGCCUUCCAAUUAGUGUAACUGAAUUAGUGUCACAUACAAGUAAAACAGUGACUAACAGCUUAAAAUUUUUUGUCAUGGAUUGCCGACCCGCAGAACAAUACAAUGCUGGACAUUUGCCUAUUGCCUUUCCUCUGGACAGUACUUUACUUUUGGAAGAUCCUGUUUCUUUUUGGACUGCUGUAGAAGGUCUAUUAUCAUGUCAGAAGCAGAGUUUUGUUGAGGGCCGUUCAGGAGGAGGAGAACAUUGGUGUUUCUCAGGUUGUGGUAGUGGUUUAGAUGCUAACCAAAAUACUCACAUGGUUGUUUCUGCGUUUCUACAAAAACAUUCUCUCUAUGUUUCUAUGCUUAAUGGUGGUUAUCAAGCACUUCAUGAAUAUUUUGAAAAAAACAAUAUUGAUGGCUUGAGUGAUCAUGAUCGUAAUCGAUGUUCCCAGUGUUUAAGUAGUCUAAAUCAAAAUAGAGAACGAUUGACUCAAACAAAUUCAACUAAUGAAUUGUUUUCUAAACUUGGUGUGGCAAUGAGAUCCAAAUCGUUUGAAGUCAAAGGUAAAUUAAUGGACUUUUUAUCAAGUAAUAAUAAUAGUACAAAAAAUGAAAAAACAAAUGGUGGUAACAAAAGAUAUAGAAAUAUGGCACCAGUUUUUGCAAUAGAUGAAGAUGACAAUAAUCAAGAUUCAGAAGAUGAACUAGAUGAUGCAGCUCAUUGUAAUAGUUUAUCGAUGCUAUUAAAUAAAUUCAAUGUAAUUGCAUCAUUUGAUUGUCAACAUAUCAGAAAUGAUGGAUCAUUAAUUCCAGGGAAAUUGGUGCUGACAAAAAAUAACCUAAUAAUAGUUGAAGUAGACACAAAAGAUUCUAAUAAAAUUUGUUCAUUGGUAAAUCAUUCACUAGGAACUAUUUUGAACAUUAAAUGUCGCAAAAAACGACCAGAUUUGAUUAUUUUUGAAUAUUCUGAAUCAGAAAAAGAUAUAGACAGAUUCCUAAUACCACAAUCACAAAAAGCUACUGAUAUAAUAAGCAAACAAAUAAUGGAUUAUAUUAAGCGUACUGAAAGCUGAUCAAUUUUGUAAAACUUGGUAAAACAAAAAAUGUUAUCAAAAACAAGAUUCAAUACAAUUACUUAAUGCAAAUAAUAAGAAGUUAGUGGAUAAAUUGUUUUAAUAAAACCAAAUAAUAUUUUAUGAAGAAAAAAUAAAAUUGCUCAUUUAUUAAUAUA